AUGGAUUUUGGUUAUGGAGGAAACCUCAAUGAUUUUGGUGACGAACAAGAGCAUUUCGUUGAUGGAAGAGGGAAGAAACAAUAUCAUCGUCAUACUUCUCAUCAGAUACAGCGGCUUGAAGCGUUUUUCAAGGAAUGCCCCCACCCAGAUGAAAACCAAAGACGCCAUCUAAGCAGGGAACUAGGACUUGAGUCUAAGCAGAUUAAGUUUUGGUUUCAGAACAAGAGGACUCAAACAAAGGCUCACAAUGAGAGGGCUGAUAAUAGUUCCCUGCGGGCAGAGAAUGAAAAGAUGCAAUGCGAGAACCUUGCCAUUAGGGAAGCACUGAAGAAUGUAAUAUGCCCGGCUUGUGGUGGACCCCCUUUUGGGGAAGAAGAGAGGCAAAUUAAUCUUCAGAAAUUAAAGAAUGAAAAUUUACAGUUAAGACAACAGUACGAAAAAAUGAUAUAUUUUGUCUCCAACUUUCUGGGAAAGCCAGUGGGACAAGUCCAGACACUGUCUCGUCUUGUUGACUCACAGUCACAGGUAGAUAGUCCGCUUGGUCAAGGAAUAAUGAGAGGACCUUCACCUGGUCUUGCUAUUGGAAAUUCUAGCAAUGCCACUACGCCUUGCCAAUUAAAUGGUACAGGAGAGGUUGAAAGAUCUGAAAUGAUAGAAACUGCUCUUAAUGCCAUGAGUGAAUUAAUCAGGCUUUUAAGGGUGAAUGAGCCAGUCUGGAUCAAGUCCAACAUUGAUGGAAGAUAUGUUCUUCAUCAAGAAAGCUAUGACAAGAUUUUCCCUAGAUCUAACCAUUUCCGAACCUCCACCACCAGAACGGAGUCAUCAAAAGAUUCGUCUGUGGUUGCAAUGAAUGCAAAAUAUUUGGUUGAAAUCUUUCUGGACAUGAAUAAGUGGGAAAAUAUCUUUGCAACUAUAGUCACAAAAGCGAAUAUCAUUGAGGUUCUUGAUUCCUUGGUGUCAGGGGAUAAAAAUUGCUCAUUGCAGUUGAUGUAUGAGCAGAUUCAUAUUCUAUCUCCACUUAUAGCAGCCAGGGAAUUCUACUUGCUCAGAUAUUGCAAGGAAAUUGAACAAGGUCUAUGGGUAAUAACAGAUGUUUCAUAUGAUUGCGUUAAAGACAAUAACCAAUUAUCUUCUCUAAAAUGUUGGAAACUCCCUUCUGGUUGCAUGAUUCGCGAUAUGUGUGACGGAAAUUCAGAGGUUACAUGGGUAGAACAUGUGGAAGUAGACGAUAGGUCAUUAACUCACAGUUUGUACAAAGAUUUAUUCUGUGGUGGUGGUGCUGCAUAUGGAGCUCCAAGAUGGGUUAAUACCCUAGAGAGGGUCUGUGAGAGAUUGGGAUGUGCAUCUUCAACAAACUCACUCGGUCUUGAUCAUGAAGGAGGGGUGAUGAAUGUUCCUGAAGGGAGAAGAAGCCUUAUGAAUCUUUCUCAUAGAAUGGUGAAAAGUUUUUGGGCAAUAUUGAGCAUGACAGGUAAAAUGGACAUUCCACAGUUAACCGAACUCAACAAUAAUAAUAGUGGGGUUGUUCGAGUUUCUGUUCGUCAUAGUGAGGGACCUGGCCAACCUGGUGGUAUGAUUGUUAGUGCUGCCACAUCUCUCUGGCUCCCUAUACCAUGCGAGACGCUCUUUAAUUAUCUCAGGGAUGAGAACAAGCGUACCGAGUGGGAUCUGUUGUCUGAUGGUAACCCUGUGAAUGAGAUAGCACGCAUUUCAUGCGGGAGUAGUCAUCCAGGGAAUCGCAUCUCUGUUCUGCAGGCUUUGAACCCGAAGGAGAGCCAGAUGAUGAUGCUUCAAGAGAGUUGCAUAGACUCAUCAGGAGCAGUGAUAGUGUAUGGACCCAUAGACUUGCCAGCCAUAAAGUCUGUCAUAAAUGGGGAUGAUUCAAGUCACAUACCCAUACUACCUUCGGGAUUCACAAUAUGCGGAGAUAACCGGCCUGACAAGACAAGUAAUGGAGCUUCAACCAGCAGCAGCAGCAGUAGCAGUAGCAAUAGCAGGUCAGCAACAGGUGGUUCAUUUCUGACAGUGGCUUUUCAAAUACUGGUAUGCAACAACCUUCCUAAUAAUACUAAGCAGCUUAAUAUGGAAUCUGUGGCUACUGCCAACACUCUUGUCACAUCUACUGUUCAGAAAAUCAAAUUUGCUUUCAAUUGCCCCGACCACCACGAUGACUGAUCUUAGGGGUCUUUCAUUUAUAUACAUCUUUUUUAUUAUGAUUAUUUUGACAUGGUUAGAUGACAUGCAACACAUCAAAUUUCUUUGUUUGAUGUUCUUCAUGUCUUCUGAGAACAUGUCGUUUUUUGUUAAAAGUCUCAAGCCUAGUUCUUGAAGCCUUGCAGACGAG